AUGGUAUCAAAGCGGGAUCCUAGAUCUUUGCUCCAUCCGCCCACUGACCAGAAGCUCUGGUAUUUAGCAACCAUGGCAGAAUCCAUUCUUGAUGAUUGGACAACCAAAAUGACAGAGGCCUUGACUAGAGUCCAUACCUCAUCUCACACCCCAUUAGAUUCUUCGACUGUUCCUAUUGGCAUUAAGUUGGAUGGUUCUAACUAUGCCUUAUGGUCUCAAGUCAUCGAGAUGUAUAUCUCUGGCAAAGAUAAACUUGGGUAUAUUAUUGGCGACUUCCCACAACCUCUUGAAAUAGAUCCAUCCUUUCGAAAAUGGCGGACUGAAAACGCCAUCGUUUGGGAUUCUGUUGCCACAACUUACUUUGAUGGGACUGAUACAUCCCAAAUAUAUGAUCUUCGGCAUCGUGUAACUCGUAUGAGACAAACUGGUGUGUCCAUUGAAAAAUAUUACACUAAUCUUCAAGGCUUAUGGUGUGAAAUUGAUUUUCUUCGUCCUAACCUGAUGAAAUGUGCGAUUGAUAUUCAGAAAUAUAACUCCAUCGUGCAGGAAGAAAGAGUCUAUGUCUUCCUUGAUGGCUUGGAUGACCGGCUGGAUAAUAUUCGAAGUGAUGUACUUCAAUUACAACUUUUUCCUACAGUUGAGUAG